AAGAACCCACGAUGUCACUAGUACCAAAAGUGUUGCCUGCGUUUUUCAUCUUGCAGCACGCCGUCCAUGUUGUUUUCAUCUUAGAAGAAGUUCUUGUUCUUUUCCCUUCCUCUUUACAUACUUGCAUUCUCGUAUUAAUUUCACAUAGUACACGACAUACACAUAGUUAGUUGUAAAGAAAAAUCUCGGAAAAAUGCAGCCAGGCACUGCCGAGUUUGAAUCGUUCAUUCAGAGUCGCAGCUACAUCGAGGAUGGUUGGGACUUCACGGCCGCUGAUGUAGCUGCUCUGAGCAAACUUGGAGGGGGACUGCCCGAUAUGGAGAAGUUUCCAGCCACUUUCAGAUGGGCCAUGCACAUUUCCGCAUUGCAAAAAACACGUCCCCUGAGCAGCGCUGUGCUUGGCACGUCUUCAUCUAGCUCAACCUCAACCGGUUCCACUGGUAGCACUGCUGCGUCGAAGGGAAACGGCAAAGGCAACAAAGGAGGAGCUGGAGCUCAACAGGGAGGGAACAAUAACAAGGGAGGCCAACAAGGCGGUAACAACAAGGGCAAAGAUGAGGCCAACAUCGAAAACAAACUGCCAAAUGCAGUGAUGGGUAAGGUGUGCACGCGAUUCCCACCCGAGCCCAGCGGCUACAUGCAUAUCGGACACGCGAAAGCAGCUUUGCUCAAUCACGCCUACGCACGCAUGUACAACGGAAAAAUGAUCAUCCGUUUCGACGACACGAACCCGAGCAAAGUACUUAAAAAGAGAACGAUAUUAUAAAUAUGAUUGAUACUUAAGAUUUAGUUUGUAGAAGAAAGGACUAACAUCUAAUUAAGGAGCAGAUCAUUGAAUUUGAAAGUGCCUUGUGUCACGACAGCCAAUAGCGGCUCGUAUCUUCUCAAAGGUUCUUGUUUGGUUCUCGUCUAUUCCAUGAUCCUAAAAAUCAUCAUUGCAGGAAAAGCAAGAGUUCGAGGAUACGAUUCUAGAGGACUCCAAGGCUCUGGGCAUCGUCCCAGAUAAGGUGACCCACACGUCGGACUACUUCGACCAAUUGCAGGCAUUGAUGGAGCAAUUCAUCCGGGAGGGCCAUGCUUACGUCGACGACCUGCCUGCUGCUCAGAUGAAGCUGGAUCGGGAUGCUGGCAAAGAAUCCGAAGCCCGUCUGAAGAACGACGUGGAUGCCAAUAUUGCGUUAUGGAAGGAGAUGCUGGGGGGCACUCCGCGCGGCAUUGAGUGCUGUGUGCGAGCAAAGAUGGACAUGAAGAACGUAGUGAAAUGCUUGCGGGAUCCUGUGCUUUACAGAUGCAAAGUCGACGUGCCGCAUCACCGGUAGGAACAUGAUUCAUAUUUAAGUUCGUUGUAGUGAAUUGUUCGUUGAUAGUACUAAAAAGUACUUAACUUUCAUGAAAAUAAGAAUUACGUUAGAGUGAAACCUCGUUUCAGUACAACAUUAACGAACCAAAAAUUGAUGAACUCCAUGAAAGCUUUGUUGAUCAUUCCGUUGAAAACCAGUGCAUUGAUCCAGACAUCGUAAUUGUCGAUAAAAACUACUAGACUACAUCCUGAUCUAUCAGACACGGAACCAAGUUCAAAGCAUAUCCGACUUACGACUUUGCUUGCCCGAUUGUGGAUGCCCUCGAGGGCGUUUCGCAUUCUCUCCGGACUAUCGAAUACAAGGACCGCGAUGCCCUCUACGAGUGGGUGCAAGAGCGAGCUAAGAAGGGAAAAUCCAUUCUCUACGAGUUCAGCAAGACGCAGUUCACGCACACCGUCUUGAGCAAGAGAAAGUUGACCUGGUUUGUCGAUAACGGCCACGUUGAGUCCUGGGCAGAUCCGCGAUUCCCGACCGUGAAAGGCGUCCUGCGUCGUGGCAUGACAGUGGAAGCAUUGCAAGACUUCAUGAAGACACAAGGUAUUUACUUAUUUUUUUAUAGAUUUGCAGCAGCGUUUGUGGAUUAAUAGAGUAGUGAUCUCAAUCCUUACAUUUUUUAUAAAUAUAUCACCUUGAUGUUGAUGAAAAACAACACGACUGAUUCAUUCACACAUUGAAUUCCUCCUGUUUUAUCAUUUGCCUCUUCAUUUCCUCCUGCAACCCCCUACAGGUGCUUCCAAACGCACAGUGUUGAUGGAAUGGGACAAAAUUUGGGUUUUGAACCGCCAAAUCAUCGACCCUAAAGCUGAUCGCUAUGCAGCCAUCUCGGUUGAUGACAAAGUGACAGUGGAGAUCAAGGGUCUGCUGGAGAAAACCUUCGCAGGCUUGGUCGACAAACACCCGAAACUCCCGGAAAACGGACAGAAGGUCCUGUGGUAUGGCAGCACAGUCUACCUGGAACAGGCGGAUGCUGGGGACAUCGCGGAGGGAGAGGAGAUCACGCUGUUGCAUUGGGGAAAUGUCAUCUGCAAGAAGCUACACAAAGCGAACGGAAAACUGCAGAAGAUCGAAGCGGAGCUGCACUUGGCUGGUAUUUUUCAGGUUGAUUCAAUUCCUUUGUUACUUCACAGUUUUAGAGGUUAUAUGAUUAGCAGUAGGUUUCGGGUGCAGGUAAAGGUAUAAUAUUUAUAUAUAGUUGAAGAUCAAAAUUUACGUUUGGCACGGCGCAAAUAAUUAAAUCAGACAAGAUCAUAAACCCUCGUCUACUAUUAUCGUUGCCGUCCAACUACACUCACGACAUCACAGGUUCCGUGAAGGACACCAAGAAGAAACUCCAGUGGGUUGCUGAGACUGGCGCUGAGACUCGGUUGACGCUCCGCGAGUACGAUCACCUGAUUACUAAGCAAAAGGUCGAGGAAGAGGACCAAAUCGAGGAUUUGAUCACUCCGCAGUCCGUUUUCGACACGGCGGCUAUUGGCGAAGCAGGUCUGAAGAACCUGUGCAAAGGCCAGGUUGUACAAUUGGAGCGCGUAGGCUUUUUCAUCUGCGACAAACCUGCGUUUCCGGAAGGAACGCCAGCGGUUCUGAUCAAGAUCCCAGAUGGAAAGUCGAAAGCGAUGUCUAACAUUACGGGAAAAGUCGACGCGUCGAAACUGCAAGGCGGAAAGAAGCCCGCACCAGCAGCGGCACCAGCAGCGGCACCGCCAGCAGCUCCAGCUGUUAUGACGAGUCAAACUGGUAAAAUGAUUUUGAUUAAAGCUGUUCAACAAGCAGCUAGGUCAGAGUCACUGUUUAUUCACUAGAAAUAUGGACUAUCACGAUGAAUGAAAAUAGUGCUCGUGACUUCUAGGCCUCGCACUAGAACUCAUUGCUUUUGCUUUGCUUGUAGCCAGUCUUGCGUUCUGAAUUGCAGAUGAUUGACUGACUCAAAAAACUCCAUCCACCUCCAUUGACCUAACCCUAAGUACGUACUCAAUUGUUCUAAUCUUCCUGACGGCGCUGUGCAAGCCAGUCCUGAGAACCUUGCCGCUCUUGCCGCAGCUAAGGAAAAAGUUGCAAAACUGAAGGCUGACGGAGCUGCAGCAGCGGAAGUGGACGCAGCCGUCGCCGAAAUGAAGCGACUGAAAGAAGUGUGCGGCGAGAAGGAACUCUCCAAGGCUGAGCGAAAAAAGCUGGAGAAAGAGAAAAAGGCUGCUGCGAACGCGAAGUAAGUGGGGAUAAAAAGAUCACAAUGAUACAUGAGGAUAAGCAAUAUCGAUUCAUAAGAUUGCCUACUGCAACAUGAUCGAGCAUGAUACGAUUGUGAAAGUGGAGCAAGUACUUGGGGUACUACCUAGGAUGCAAGGAGGAGUGUACGAGAUCUCCGUCAGCAGCCAUCAUAAUUUGUUAACCUUGAGAAGAUGGUCAGGCCUGCUUCUCCUUAUAUGAACACCCAAAUUCGCACGGACCCAACUUGGGCGAGUAAUAUCCAUGAGAACCUUUUCGUCCUCGAAGUUUCACCCCUACGAUGAAGAGCGACACGCUAUAUGAUGCAUCAUAUGCAUUGACAGCUCUUGCAGUCGAAAAUCAUGAUUGAGAAUAUCAAUUUGUACGAAAAUGUCGCUGCAAGUGGCGUACAGCCGCAGAUUAGCAAGCACCA